GGUUCACCUUCCUUCUCAUCCUCAAAAGGGGCGCCAUACGAUUCGAUUCUCUCUCCCCCAUCUUCCCCCACCUCUUUUCCCCUCCAGACCCCAUCCUUGACCACCAGCAUGGCAGACCUCUACAUCGUUGACUUCAGCAUCCACGAUGUGCGUUUCCCGACGAACCUUUCCGGCGAUGGGACCGAUGCGAUGAACAAGGAGUGCGACUACUCGGCGGCCUAUGUCAUCCUCUAUACCGGCCCCAAAGGCUCGGCUGCCAACAAAGAUCUCAAUGACGCGAGCGCGUCCCCUCGAGGAUUCGGCAUGACCUUCACCAUCGGUCGAGGCAACGAGAUCUGCUGUGCGGCCAUCAAGAGCCUCGUCGAGCAUGCACUGCUGGGAAAGAGCGUCCGCAGCCUCACGUCCGACAUGGGCAAGACGUGGGAGGCGCUCGUGACCGACUGCCAGCUCCGAUGGCUCGGGCCUGAAAAGGGCGUCAUUCACCUCGCGUCGGCUGCAGCCGUCAACGCCGUUUGGGACCUGUAUGCGCGCAUCGAAGGAAAGCCCCUUUGGCUGCUCAUUGCUUCCAUGUCGCCAAAGGAGCUCGUCUCCAUCGUGCCCUUCAAGUACAUCUCCGACCUCGUCACGCCGGCCGAGGCGCUGGCCAUCUUUGAGGCCGCCGAAAAGGACAAGGCGAAGCGCAUUGCAGAGCUGCAAGCUGACGGCUACCCAGCAUACACCACUUCGGCCGGUUGGUCCGGGUACGACGACGCCAAGGUGGCACGAUUGACUCGGUCGGCACUUGCGCAAGGCUUCAACCACUUCAAGCUCAAAGUGGGCGCCAACCUCGAGGACGACAAGCGUCGUCUGGGCCUCGUGAGGAGCAUCGUCGACAACCCCGCUGAGAUUCCCAAGGGCUGGGUCCGGCCGUCGGAAGCGAGCGUUGCUGGCAAGAACGCAGGCCCCACGGGUGCUGUUGUCAUGAUCGACGCCAACCAGGUCUUUGACGUGUCGGAAGCCAUCGACUACAUCUCGCAGCUUGCCUCCUUCAAGCCCUGGUUCAUUGAGGAGCCCACCUCGCCCGACGAUGCUCUGGGCCACGCUGCCAUCCGGAAAGCGCUGCUGCCGCUUGGCGUCGGUGUUGCUACGGGCGAGCACGCCCACUCGCGGGUCGUCUUCAAGCAGCUCCUCCAGGCAGACGCCAUCGAUGUCGUCCAGAUUGACUCGUGCCGCCUCGCUGGCCCGCAAGAGGUGCUCGCUGUGAUGCUCAUGGCUCGCAAGUGCGGCAAGAUUGUCUGCCCGCACGCAGGCGGCGUCGGCCUGUGCGAGUACGUGCAGCAUCUCAGCCUGCUCGACUAUGUAUGCGUCAGCACGACGAUGGAGCGAAAUGUCCUCGAGUGGGUCGAUCAUCUCCAUGAGCACUUCAAGGACCCAGCAAAGAUCUCGGAGAAGGGCAGGUACGUUGCGCCAAGCGCACCAGGCUACAGCAUGGAGAUGCUCGCAAGCUCCAUCGAGGACUAUACCUUCCCUACCGGUUCUUACUGGUCAAAGGGGACCGCGAGGACACCUCCCAAAGUCGAGGGUCACUAAUCUUGACACUAAGCCUACUCUCACACCCCUCAUAUCUUCGUACAUAUAUAAGAUUCUGAGCAAUGCACUGAAGAAAGAAU